AUGGCCUCCCUUAUUGCAAACAUUCUUGUUUUCACAGUUAUAGCCACUGGCCACCAUAUUCAUACUCCAAUGUACUUUUUCCUAAUGAACUUAUCAAUCAUUGACAUUGGUUCCAUAUCUAUCACUCUUCCCAAAGCCAUGGCCAAUUCCUUCCUAAACACUAGGCUAAUUUCAUAUUAUGAAUGUGCUGCACAAGUAUUUUUCCUUUUCUUCUUCUUGUCCUCAGAGUGGAUCCUUCUAACAAUCAUGGCAUAUGAUCGCUACGCUGCUAUCUGUGAUCCCCUGAACUAUGGACGAGUAAUGAACAGGAGGUUUUGUUUUCAAAUGGCAAUGAGUGCCUGGAUUGGAGGACUUUUGUAUGGAAUUGUUAAUGUGACUAGCACAUUCCUAAUCACUUUUUGCUCCAGGGUAAUCAAUCAGUUCUUUUGUGAAGUUCCUCACCUGCUCAGACUCUCCUGUUCUAAUCUUUACCUCAUUGAAAUUGGGGUUCUUAUCGUAGCUUCAUGUAUCUGUACAUGUUGUUUGGGUUUCAUAGCUGCAUCUUAUGUUUAUAUUUUCCGAACAGUACUAGGAAUUACUUCUGUGGAGGGAAAUUCAACAUGCAUCCCUCACUUGAUAGUUGUUUCUCUAUUUCUCACUGUCGGUAUGAUUGCCCAUCUAAAGCCAGCUUCCAGCUCCCCCUCUAACUGGGAUCUUGCUCUUUCUUUAAUGUAUACCGUGGUACCACCGACACUGAAUCCAAUAAUUUAUACAAUCAGAAACAAGGAGAUCAAAGCAGAAAUUUCCAAAGUCAUCUAUUGGGCAGUUCAUGUCAACAGAAAAAUGGCAGUUUUUUAG